AUGCCAUUUUUACUUCGAUGUUUUUUGAAAUUUCAAUAUAUAAAAGCUGAAAUUUCAAAAAAAUGGCAAGAAACCUUUGGUAAAAGACACAUUGUUGCAAAAUUAUGUUCUCUUUGGGCUAUUGAGGCCAAAGCAUUGAAGCUUACUUUUACAACACCAAUGACUAGUAUUAUUUAUCAAGAAUUGGAAGACUUCUUGGUGUCAUUCUAG